AUGCUAGGCGUGGUCUUGUUUCACUCUCUCUCUCUCUCUGACACACACGCACGCAACCCCUUCCCUCCUCCUUCUCCCUCACUUUCCUCUCCCCGACUUCCCCACCCACCUUUCCUCCCGUGCCUCUCUUCCCUGGUCACGAUUCAGAUGCUUGGAGUGGUGCUAAACCAAUCAUCACCAGAAGAGCUGCAAUCCGGAGCAUCGUUGCGGAGUGGGGCAGCGGAGAUCGUGCGGGAGGUGGCAAGGCAGGCCGAUGUGUACCUCAUGGCACAAGUGCACAGCGACGAGAGCGAGGCCACCAUCCUGUCAGCACUAGAGGAGGCCAGUCUCUUCUCCCUGCCUGACGGCUCGCCAGGGCCGAUCAACCGAGACAAGGUGCUGUUCUGUGAGAAGGACGUUGGAGUAGCGUCAUUCGUGAGGCAGCUGGAGCCGGACUGGCACUUUGAGGCGUUUGACACCACGGUGGAGCAGCUGCGGCGGUUUGUGAAGUACAUUCUGCACAUCACACCAGCGGCCACGGGGGCAGUGGCAGCCAAUGUGGUAUCAGUGCCAUCCCUUGAAGCCUACUUUGGAUCGCCCUCCUCCUGA